AGCCAUUUUGGCUCAAGUGAGCCGCGCUUUGGGAGGCCCUCGCAGCGCGCCGCGCAGGCGCGUGGCGCGCCACAGGCCGUGAUGUCCGCCCACGCUGGUGGCGGCAAGUUGUGGGCUGCGGCUUCGGCACGGACGCUGACCCGGCGCCUGCGGUGGGAGCUGCAGGCAGAGCGGGGCGUGUCCCGUGCGGCGGCGCUGGCUCGCCGCAUCAAGGCGCUCAGGUCGUCGGUUGACGUCAAUUGGCGCCUCGGCGAUGCAGUCGGGCGCCAUCUCCCCACGCUCGGGGAGGAGGUGGCGACCGCCCGACUGCUCGGCUGCGAUCCCGCCCCCCUGGCCGAGGCGGACGCGGCGCUGGCGGAGGGCAACGCCGCACGCCAUGCGCCGCCGCCUGGCGCAGCGAAAGGGCUAGCCAAGGUGCCCGACGGGCUGGAUGCUCGGGCGUUUGAGCGUUUGCUGACGGGCGCCGUGUCGCCGCUCAGCGCCGACGCCAAGCCGUUCGAGCCAGCUGCAGACGGGAUGGUCUCCACGCUGCUGUGCGAGCUCGGCGUGGAGCAGGAUGACAGCGCUUCCGACUGCAAGCUCAGCGUCGACAGCCACGACGUACCGCAGGCGGAGCAGGAGGAUCUUGGCGCGCAGGUCGUCGGCUUGGUGCGCAGCACGGAUUGCACACUUUCCCGCCCAAUUGGCGCUGGCGCGGCUUCUGGCGUCGUUUCGCGCUACCCCCUAGCGAACGACGCUGCAAUCCUCAGCGGGCUCAGCGAGGAGGAACAACCGGAGGGACCUGUAAUCCAGGACGCGUUCGAUUUUGGCGCCGCAGAAUGUGUGCAUGGAGAUGUCGAUGCCCCUCUCAUCGGUCAUGUUGUCCAUGGUGGUUGCAGUGGAGAUCCUUAUCCCUCUCGUCGUGCUGUUGGUGAUGGUGUUCCCCAAGAUGCAGUUCAUGAUGAGCCUGCUGAUCUUCGCCUCGACGUUGAUCGCGAUCAUGUUCAUGGUGACGCCGACCUGUUGGCACUUGGAUUCUUUCCUGGCGAUGCUGAUCGUACUGUCGAUCGGCCAGGCGGACUCGGGCAUGGUGAAGCCGACGCAGUCCCUGAUGGCGAAGGUAGAGCUGGUGCUGAUCGUGACGGUGUUCAUCACGACCCAGCUCAAUGUGAUGUCGACCGUGUGGCACUCGGACUCGUUCUCGGUGACGUUGAUUGCGUUGUCUCUCGGAUCGGCCACGCGCUCCUGCAUCACCUGGUACAGCAGCAGGACGCUGGCACUACGAUCCACGAGGGCGACCUCGUCGCGCGGUACCUCGAGCAGAUCGAGGACAGCAUUGAGUCCGAAGCCCAGCCCACGGAGUGCGAGAUGAAGCUCCUCGAUUUGAUCGACAAGCUCAUCGACGAGGACUUCUUAUCCGCCUCGCGGCCGACGGUCGGCCUGUCGCGCGCGAGCCGUUUCCUCGUCUUGCGCUCGUGUCUGAGAGUUCGGGGUAUCCUGGGGGUGGCGCAAGUGGCGAUUCCUCGCGUGGUCCGUAGCGCCACCCCCAAGGAGCCCCAAAAAGCGGCGCCGAGGGCGGCGGAAGUGGCGGAUCCUCGUGCGGCCCUGUGCGCCACCCCGUCGGCGCCGCCCGUUUAGCCCCGCGGGGCUCUCCCCUUCGGGGCUGUCCUACCUACCAUAAGGAGCCCCACCUCAGGCCCCAGUGGGGGUGGCCAAAUGCGUCCGCCACACCCAGCACAACCAAAGCAUGGCGCAGCACGGCGCAGUACAGCGCAGCCCGUGGCACGGUACAUCGCAAUCGUUAUUUUGAACAUUAUAAUUGCUUGUCGCCCAAGUUUGACGUCUUGGAAAAGAUGCCAUGCUUCGCAUUUCUACAUCCCCUUCCAGGUUCGUGGGUCGACCAUGUUUGCUGUUGCGGGGCUUCAGGGGCACUCCCUGGACCCCUGGACCGUCAGAAAACGACUCCGGAUGACCAGCUGGUCCUGGGGGGAGGCCCCAGGGUUUGGGACCCGUGUCUUUCAUGCCAGGUAUUCCAGUCUCUGUCUCUUUCUCCUCCGCUCUCGUUCCGCCCUCGUCCCCCGAGCGGAGAGUCUGCGCACCCGGCAAAAAAAAUCGCCGCGUGGAUUCGAGAGGACAAGCCCGAGUGUUUGAAGGGUUUCGAGAAGAGCAUUUUCGGCAUGUGCGCUGGCGAGAAGAGGAUAUCUCGAACGGCGGCGCCGCGGUUACAAGGAUGCCACGAGCGAAGGCGCCGCGGUUGCGAAGAUGUCCCGUGCGGCUCCGCGGCUACGAUGAUGUCUCGAGCGGCGGUGCCAUCCCGCCCCCCCGCCCUGCCCCCUCUCUGGCGCGUGCUAUCUGAAGUUCCCUCUCUGCGCUGCCCCUAUGCAUAGUUCUCGGAGAGGACGCCCGUACCUGUUGUGUUCCGGUCCAGAGGUCUGGGGGCUAUGCGGUGCUAUUUGUUCGUUUGGUUUCGUGCGCCAUUUGAUCGUUCGGUCGCAUAACGGCCAGUCCCAUCGAUUUGCUCAUGAUGAGUUGUUCCCGUUCUACCUUCGCGCCAAUGGUAGCACCGCCCUCUGAUGCAUGCGUCGGGAUGGAGUGAAACGCGCCAUCGUAGAGGGCACGCCAUAGUUUUGUUGAGAUGCCUGCCACGAUGAAAGCGGUCGCCCUCAUUAACGCCCAUCAAAUAUAUUUGAAAUGUUCGUCCCCAUUCAUGUUGCGAGCGUUGUUGGUGAGAUAUUGUCGUUCGGGUUGAUCGCGGUCGCUGCAAGGCCCAUACCGAGCACCCAUUGGUUAUGAGAUUUUCCA